CGCUUACAUUGAUUGAAAAGUGAAGACUGAAAACCACUGUUCUCAUUUUCGCAACGACAAUGGCGUCCACCACAUCCCGAUCCCUAAUCACCCCCCUCAAUUCCUCAAUCCAAAACCCUAACUACAACCGCAAUCCAUUCUCCACCGCCAAGCCUAUUACAAGAAGUCACAGCAUUCAUAUCCACGCCCGCGGUAGUGGCAGCAAUGACGCAAUCGAGCUGCAGAAGCUCAUGCAAGAUUCACCGUAUGAGCUCAGUUCCAGAGACGCUCUGCCAUCACUUCCGCGGCCUUUGACCUCUGCUCGACUUUCGAAUUUGGCGGCGGAAGGGUCUCGUCUCCGCGUCGCCUAUCAGGGCGUUCGAGGUGCAUACAGCGAGUCUGCAGCCGAGAAGGCUUAUCCGAAUUGCGAGGCAGUACCAUGUGAACAAUUUGACACAGCUUUUCAAGCAGUAGAGAAGUGGCUGGUUGAUAGAGCGGUUUUGCCUAUUGAAAACUCGUUGGGAGGCAGUAUACACAGGAACUAUGAUCUUCUGCUCCGGCAUAGGUUGCAUAUUGUUGGAGAAGUUAAACUAUCGAUCCGACACUGCUUACUAGCUAGUCCCGGUGUGAAGAUUGAAAAUCUUAAAAGAGUGCUUAGCCACCCUCAGGCUCUUGCACAGUGUGAGAAUACGUUAACUAAGUUUGGACUGGUUAGGGAAGCUGUGGAUGAUACUGCUGGUGCAGCAAAGCAUGUUGCUCUCCAUGGAUUUUAUGAUGUCGGAGCAGUUGCUAGCUUUAAUGCUGCUAAGAUCUAUGGUCUAGAUGUACUUGCUCAGGACAUUCAGGAUGAUGCUGAUAAUGUCACUCGAUUCCUUAUGCUGGCUAGGGAGCCUAUCAUACCAGGCACUGAUAAACCUUUCAAGACAAGUAUAGUCUUCUCAUUAGAGGAAGGUCCAGGGUUUCUUUUUAAGGCACUGGCCGUAUUUGCUAUGAGGAAUAUCAAUCUCACUAAGAUUGAAAGCCGACCACUGCCAAAGCAGGCUUUACAAACAUCAGAUGACAAUGCCAUGCCCUUUCCUAAGUACUUUCCCUACCUUUUCUAUGUUGAUUUUGAAGCAUCCAUGGCAGAUCAAAGAGCUCAAAAUGCUCUUGGCCAUCUGAAGGAGUUUGCAACAUUUUUGAGGGUUCUUGGCAGUUACCCUGCAGAUAUUGGCCUUCCAUGACUACCAAUUUUUUCAAGGUUCCUAUAUCUGAGAAACUACUCAACUGAAAUGCUGCUUCAUCUUGACAAUCUCUUCCAUGGAGGAAUUUGUUAGAGGGGCCUCUGAUUUCUUGAGACUCCAGUAACAUGUCAAAGAUGAAGAGGACUCCACCAUAGUUUGUACAGAAUGACUGAAUGAAUUGCUAAGAUGAAAGGGACGCAGUGAUGGCUAAAAGGAGAAUUAUGACGUAGACCAAACAACUUAUGCCCUUCUUGGUGUGAUGAAGAUAAGCAUGGAAUGACAGUUCCUUUGCAUUUCCGUCCAAAUUCUCUACUCCAUUCCAUCACAUAAGCAUCACAUGACUGAUGGAAUUGCUAACAUGGAAAGGGACGCUUGUGAGCUAAAAUGAGAAUUAUGGAAUAAACUGACAACUUAUGCCCUUCUUGGUACGAUGGGAUGGAAUUAAGGUAGGAAUGAAAUUACAAUUCUUUUGCAUUUUCAUUCUAUUCUCUACUCCAUUCCAUUACAUGAGCAUUCUAUUUUAUUAUACCAAACAAAUGAAUGAAAUGAAAGUAAGAAUGGAAGUAGGAAUUAUCAUCCAUUUCCUUCUCUAUUCCAUUA